AUGAACGAUGAGUCGAAGUGGGUGCUGGGACAGUAUAAUCUAGCCGACCCCGAAUACAUCGGUGACCUUCCUGACAACAAGAUAUGUCUUGUGGAUGUGAACCAAAUCUCACAACUACCUGCAGACCUAGACACAAAUCGUAUAGUAGGUAUUGUGGACCAUCACGCACUGCAGUCCAGCACCGUGGUAGUUGAUGAACCCAUCCGAAUAGAUAUUCGGCCGGUGGGAAGUGCUUACACCAUUGUUGCGAGCUACUACGGUUCGGCGAACAAACCAAUGAGCGAAGACGUAGCAGGUAUAUUGAUGAGCGCAAUUAUCUGGGAUACACUGAAUUUGAAUUCUCCUACUACAACGGAGCUCGACAAAAUGAUACUUUCAUGCCUCGCAAGGCAAUCGAACACGAAAGACGUUAAUACAUACGCCGACGCAAUGUUUAAAGCCAAAGCGAAUGGAUUCAACAAUUUCGAUGACGACGAGGUAGUACGGGCAGACACCAAAGUCUCUGACCUGUGUGGUCAUACGCUUGUUUGGGCCACCGUAGAAACAACUGACCCCUCCUCAAUGAUGGCUCGCAAGCAAGCCCUCUCAGAUUCUAUGAAAAAGUUGAAAACAGAGAAAGACGCAAAGUACGCUUUUCUGUCGAUUGUUGGUAUUGUAAACUUGAAUACUAAUUUAAUACUUAUUUCUGAGGAUGAGAUGGAAGUGGCUAUCGAAGCAUUCAAAUCCCAAGUGAGCACUGAUAAGGAGCUAGUAUUGAAUAUCGGCAAUCUAGUGUCACGUAAGAAAGAUUUUAUACCGACAGUUCAGGCAGCCAUCUGCGGGGACGAUGAGUAGAUGCUCCACCUUUCAUCAAAUAUAUUGUCAAACUGUGUAUAUUACAGGCAAGAAACUAAUUUAUGAUACUCGCACCGUCGGAACUAA